UUGACAGCUAUUCAAUAUUUUCGUAUUGUAGACUUACUUGCUGUGUAUGAUGGCUUUGUGGAACGAGCAAGAUGCUGUACUGAAGGACAUGGUACUGAGUGGAUAAACACGGCGAAUUGGCUCAUAUGCGCAUUUCAGAUCACAAGAUUCACCCAAGCCGUAUUUGCUCUUGCGAUCGUCUUGACAGUCAGUUUGAUAUUAUCCUGCGAAUUCUUUAUUUUCUUACCUGUUUUUGUGAAAGUUGGACGCUAUGUCACAGUUUUUCAGUUUAUAGACCAUUACACUGCGAUCAUAGUUGGCAGCAGCUGGUUGGCGUUUCCUGAACUGCUUCUCAGAAAGCAGAUUCUGCUUCCGGUUGACGAAUCCCACAUGUUCGUCGGUAGGAUGUUUGGAUGUCUACUUUUGUCAUCGUGCGUCUUCUCGAAUCAUUCAACUUAUUUUCGGUACCGAAAGGACAGAAAUAUCUGGUUGUCCGGUCGAGUAAUGAUUUGCGUCGGCGUACUUUUGAGUCAACUUUAUUCGCAGUAUGCUUACCUCAAAUGGUGGAACUCAUCCCACUGGGCCGGCAUCUUGCUUAACGCUGUUUGGCUUAGUUGUUCGUUGUUAGGGUUAACAUUCAUGUACGAGAAGGAAACGAAAAAGGAUUGA